GUGCGGGCGGGCGCAGUCCGGAGCCCGCAGGGUCGCGCCGGGCCCUGCCGGUCCUCUCUCGUCCGAGCGUCGCGCGCCCAGCGCCAUGGCCGAGCGCCCCGCGGGCCCCGCGCGCAGCUGCCUGCUGGCGCUCGUGCUCUGCUGCGGCUGGGGGGCGCUGGCCACGGUCGCCCCGAAGUCGGGCGCCGGCUGUCCGAGCCGCUGCCUGUGCUUCCGCACCACCGUGCGCUGCAUGCAUCUGCUGCUGGAGGCCGUGCCCGCCGUGGCGCCGCAGACCUCCAUCCUGGAUCUGCGCUUUAACAGAAUCAGGGAGAUCCAGCCUGGGGCGUUCAGAAAGCUGAGAAACUUGAACACGUUGCUUCUCAACAAUAACCAGAUCAAGAGCAUCCCCAGCGGAGCGUUCCAGGACCUGGAGAAUUUGAAGUAUCUCUAUCUGUACAAGAAUGAGAUCCAGUCAAUUGACAGGCAAGCAUUUAAGGGACUUGCCUCUCUAGAGCAACUAUAUCUGCACUUUAAUCAGAUAGAAACUCUGGACCCAGAGUCCUUCCAACAUUUGCCGAAGCUGGAAAGGCUAUUUUUACAUAACAACCGAAUCACACAUUUGGUCCCAGGAACCUUUGAUCACUUGGAAUCCAUGAAGAGACUGCGGCUGGACUCCAACGCGCUGCGCUGCGACUGUGCGAUCCUGUGGCUGGCGGAGCUGCUGAGAACCUAUGCCCAGUCGGGGCACGCGCAGGCGGCCGCCACCUGUGAGCACCCGCGGCGCGUGCAGGGCCGCUCGGUGGCCACCGUCACCCCCGAGGAGCUGGACUGUGAGAGGCCCCGGAUCACAUCAGAGCCCCAGGACGCAGACGUCACCUCGGGGAACACCGUGUUCUUCACAUGCAGAGCAGAAGGCAACCCCAAGCCCGAGAUCAUCUGGCUUCGAAACAAUAACGAGCUGAGCAUGAAGACAGAUUCCCGCCUCAACUUGCUGGAUGACGGGACCCUGAUGAUCCAGAACACGCAGGAGACGGACCAGGGGAUUUACCAGUGCAUGGCCAAGAACGUGGCCGGGCAGGUGAAGACACAGGAGGUCACCCUCAGGUACUUUGGGUCUCCAGCUCGACCCGCUUUUGUAAUCCAGCCACAGAACACGGAGGUGCUGGUCGGGGAGAGUGUCACCCUGGAGUGCAGCGCCACGGGCCACCCUCCGCCACAGAUCACCUGGACCAAAGGGGACCGCACGCCCCUGCCCGAGGACCCUCGCGUGAGCAUCACCCCGUCCGGCGGCCUCUACAUUCAGAAUGUCCUGCAGACGGACAGCGGGGAGUACACCUGCUUCGCGUCCAACAGCGCAGAGAGCAUCCAGGCCACCGCGCUGAUCAUCGUCCAGGCCCUUCCCCAGUUCACCGUGACCCCUGCAGACAGGGCCGUAAUCGAGGGUCAGACCGUUGACUUCCAGUGUGAGGCCAAGGGCUACCCACAGCCGGUCAUCGCGUGGACGAAAGGAGGGAGCCGGCUGUCGGUGGACGGGCGGCACCUCGUGCUCUCGUCGGGGACGCUCCGGGUCUCGGCUGUCGCACUGCAUGACCAGGGCCAGUAUGAGUGCCAGGCCGUCAACAUCAUCGGCUCUCAGAGGGCCGUGGCCCACCUCACCGUGCAGCCUAGAGUCACGCCGGUCUUUGCCAGCAUUCCGAGUGACGUGACGGUGGAAGUGGGCGCCAGCGUGCUGCUGCCCUGCAGCUCCCAGGGUGAGCCCGAGCCCGCCAUCACCUGGAACAAGGACGGGGUUCAGGUGACGGAAAGCGGGAAAUUUCAUAUCAGCCCCGAGGGGUUCCUGACCAUCCACGACGUCGGGACCGCGGACGCAGGCCGCUAUGAGUGCGUGGCCCGGAACACCAUCGGGCAGGCGUCCGUCAGCAUGGUGCUCAGCGUGAGCGUUCCUGAUGUCAGUCGAAAUGGGGACCCAUUUGUGGCCACAUCGAUUGUGGAAGCGAUUGCGACCGUGGACAGAGCCAUCAACUCGACGCGCACACACCUGUUUGACAGCCGUCCCCGUUCUCCCAACGACCUGCUGGCCUUGUUCCGGUACCCGAGGGACCCCUACACCGUGGGGCAGGCGCGCGCUGGAGAGAUAUUCGAGCGGACGCUGCAGCUGAUUCAGGAGCACGUGCGGCACGGCCUGAUGGUCGACCUGAAUGGAACAAGCUACCACUACAACGACCUCGUGUCUCCCCAGUAUCUGAGCCUCAUCGCCAACCUGUCGGGCUGCACGGCGCACCGGCGCGUGAACAACUGCUCGGACAUGUGUUUCCACCAGAAGUACCGCACGCACGACGGCACGUGCAACAACCUGCAGCAGCCCAUGUGGGGCGCCUCGCUGACCGCCUUCGAGCGCUUGCUGAAGGCCGUGUACGAGAACGGCUUCAACACCCCCCGUGGCAUCGACCCCGGCCGCCUGUACCACGGGCACGCGCUGCCCAUGCCCCGGCUGGUGUCCACGUCCCUCAUCGGCACGGACACCGUCACGCCCGACCCGCAGUUCACACACAUGCUCAUGCAGUGGGGCCAGUUCCUGGACCACGACCUGGACUCCACGGUGGUGGCCCUGAGCCAGGCCCGCUUCUCUGACGGCCAGCACUGCAGCUCGGUCUGCAGCAGCGACCCCCCGUGCUUCCCGGUGGCCGUGCCGCCCAACGACCCGCGGGCCCGCAGCGGGGCGCGCUGCAUGUUCUUCGUGCGCUCCAGCCCGGUGUGCGGCAGCGGCAUGACGUCGCUGCUCAUGAACUCCGUGUACCCGCGGGAGCAGAUCAACCAGCUCACGUCCUACAUCGACGCCUCCAACGUGUACGGGAGCUCAGAGCACGAGGCGCGCGCCGUCCGGGACCUGGCCAGCCAGCGGGGGCUGCUGCGGCAGGGGGUCGUGCAGCGCUCGGGGAAGCCGCUGCUGCCCUUUGCCGCCGGGCCGCCCACGGAGUGCAUGCGGGACGAGAACGAGAGCCCCAUCCCCUGCUUCCUGGCCGGGGACCACCGCGCCAACGAGCAGCUGGGCCUCACCAGCCUGCACACGCUCUGGUUCCGAGAGCACAACCGCGUGGCCACUGAGCUGCUCGCCCUGAACCCGCACUGGGACGGCGACACCAUCUACCAUGAGGCAAGGAAGGUCGUGGGCGCCCAGAUGCAGCACAUCACUUACCAGCACUGGCUGCCCAAGGUGCUGGGCGAGGUGGGCAUGAAGGCGCUGGGCGAGUACCGCGGCUACGACCCGGGCGUCAACGCCGGCAUCGUCAAUGCCUUCGCCACGGCCGCCUUCCGGUUCGGCCACACGCUCAUCAACCCCGUGCUCUACCGGCUGGACGAGAACUUUGAGCCCAUCGCGCAGGGACACAUCCCCCUGCACAAAGCCUUCUUCUCUCCCUUCCGCAUCGUGAACGAGGGCGGCAUCGACCCCCUGCUGCGGGGCCUGUUCGGCGUGGCCGGCAAGAUGCGCGUGCCCUCCCAGCUGCUCAACACGGAGCUCACCGAGCGGCUCUUCUCCAUGGCGCACACGGUGGCCCUGGACCUGGCCGCCAUCAACAUCCAGCGUGGCCGGGACCACGGCAUCCCGCCCUACCACGAGUACCGCGUCUACUGCAACCUGUCGUCCGCGCACACCUUCGAGGACCUGAAAAACGAGAUCAAGAACCCUGAGAUCCGGGAGAAGCUGAGACGGUUGUAUGGGUCCCCCCUCAACAUCGACUUGUUCCCGGCCCUCAUGGUGGAAGACUUGGUCCCAGGCAGCCGGCUGGGGCCCACCCUCAUGUGCCUGCUGGGCACGCAGUUCAAGCGCUUGAGAGACGGGGACAGGUUAUGGUAUGAAAACCCGGGGGUGUUCUCCCCGGCGCAGCUAACCCAGAUCAAGCAGACGUCCCUGGCCAGGAUCCUGUGUGACAACGCCGACAACAUCACCCGCGUGCAGAGGGACGUGUUCCGUGUGGCGGAGUUCCCCCACGGGUACAGCAGCUGUGACGAGAUCCCCAGGGUGGACCUGCGCGUGUGGCAGGACUGCUGUGAAGACUGCAGGACCAGGGGACAGUUCAACGCCUUUUCACACCACUUCCGAGGCAGGCGAUCGCUGGGGUUCAGCUACCAGGAGGACGAGCCCGUUGGGGAAGCAGGCCCCGGGGGGACACCGAGCAUCGGGAAACACAGAAAGCACCCAGGAAAUGCCACAGCCCCCUCCCGCGAGCACCCACAGAUGCCAGGGACGAACGACUUCAAGGACUUCGUUCAGGAAAUGCAGAAGACCAUCACAGACCUCAGAGAGCAGAUUAAGAGGCUGGAGUUGCGGCUCAGCUCCACGGACUGCGCGGACGCGGACGGGGGCCCUCACGCCAACGGCGCCAAGUGGAGGCGGGACGCGUGCUCCAUCUGCGAGUGCCGGGACGGGCAGGUCACCUGCUUCGUGGAGGCCUGCCCGCCUGCCGACUGCCCAGCGCCCGUGAGAGCCCGUGGGGCCUGCUGUCCGGUCUGCCCGAGAGACGGCCCGGGGAGGAAGCCUUAGGCUCGGCGAGGCCUUCGGGGCCCUCCACAUGUCCUUGAGACCGAUGGCCGGCACAGGGCGUGCGGACGGGAGGGACCCCCUCCGUCUCGGCGGAGCACAGGUGCUCAGAGCACAGCAUUCACAGGAGAAACCACGGACACGUGUCCUGACUUCACGUUAGAUUCUCAGGUCUUUAUUUAAUGUUUCUGAUGAAAUAUUGGUGCUACUAUUAAAUUGCACAGUUAAGUCA